CGUAGUAUCGUACGACCGAUUCGGUGGGUUCAAUUCUUUUCUAACAAAAACUUCGCUUCUUCCCUACCUUGUUUCGCGACUCGAUUCUACCCUCAUUCUCUUCUCUUGUCCUCGUCUGAUUUGGUUGCUCUAGCACUAAACGAACAUCAACAAACAGAAAGGAAAACACACUGGUCUCUGGAGACUGCUUCUUUCUCACACUCGAUCUUUCACACAUUCACUUCAACCACCAACUACUUACCACAUCUACCACACACAUACCCCAUACCGUCACUUCCUCAACAAUACAAACAACAUCAAAAUGCGUGCCACCAUUUUCGCAACCCUCUUCUUCGCCGUCGGCAUUUCUACAGUCGUCGCCGCUUCUUCGUUCAGCCUGAACAAGAUGGAGCCCAUCACCGAGUCUGAGGUUCCCGAGGACUGCUUCAAGGUCUACGAGUCUGGGAUCUCCGCUUGCGGCACCAGUUCCACGCCGUCGUGCACCACGGAGUGUACCAACUCGCUUCUCGCCCUCGCCAGCGACAUCCAGCUCGCCUGCGCCGACGCCUUCGUUGGCAUGGACUCGCUCCUACGCCGCACCGUCGACGGCGGUCUUCUCCAAGCGGUCUGCGCGUCCUACGAAGCCCCCUCGGAGAUCGUCGACAGUACAAUGGAGGCGUCGAAUAUCAUCCUCUCGACUCUAUACCCGGAGCCCUCGACCGCGACGAAGACCGGCACUGCCGAGACCGUCCCCACGUCCAUCGCUUUCGACUCCGCCGAGGUGACCCUCGUCUCCAGCACGAAGACGUCCGUCGCCUCGACCGGAGGCCUCGCUGUCGACCGCGCCCCGUCGCCGACCGCAGGCCUCGCCUCCGGCAGCCUCGACGCGCUGUUCGCGAGUGCUACCGCGUCAUCCUUCCCGUCGGCGGAAGCUGACAGCGCAGGAGCAGCGAACACAGUCUCUUCCUUGACGCUCCUGGUGGUUAUCGGGAUCGUGGCCGUGGCAGCGAGCGUGUAGUACACUCUCGAAGUCUAUGUUUACGGAUAUGUCGCUUUCUGGAUGGUAUAUUGGCUUUCUGGUCCUUUGUACUAGGUAAUAAUUCGCGCUGGAUGGCUGAAUGGAAUGGUAGCUUAGAGUGGGGGAGACGGGAAUAGACGCGUGAUACUGGCUGCUGCUUGGGAAUUGUUGUUCGUG